ACUCAACUGCGUUACCCACUCCAGUCAGCAGAUGGCGGUCUGGGAAUUUAAGGUUAUGCUGUUGGUGUGACGUAUAAUCUAGUGGACGGAACGCUUCUUUCAACAGCAGCAACAGUUUGUCAGACACCUCGGUAGCUUGCUAGACCAAAUAGCCGAACCAAUAAAGCUCUUUAGACGCUUUAGUGUUUAUUAGCCACUGUCUUUUAAAACCACUUCUGUCGUCUAGUUAGUUAUCCGAUUUAAUUUCAUAUUUAGAGUGUUGUUAUUAGUCAGCUAGCGGGCUGGUUAAGUUAGCAUUAGCCUAGCUAGCUAACAUCUCCGACCAUGCGGUCACUAAGCUACUCUCCUUCUAAUGAAGAGAAGGAUAUCACAGUAAAACAAGAAGUAGAGAGUGGGGCCGUUACUGUGAAAGAAGAGGAGGACACGUUCAGAGUGAAAGACGAGGAAGAUAUCACAGUAAAACAAGAAGUAGAGAGUGGGGCCGUUACUUUGAAAGAAGAGGAAGACACUCCUGCUGCUAAGGAAGAGGUGGAUAUCACAGUAAAACAAGAAGUAGAGGGUGGGGCCGUUACUUUGAAAGAAGAAGAGAAAGACACGUUCAGAGUGAACGAGGAGGAGGAUGUUACUGUAAAAGAGGAGGAGGAUGUUGUUACUUUAAAAUUGGAGGAGGAUGUUACUGUAAAAGAAGAGGAGGAUGUUACUGUAAAAGAAGUGGGGGAUGUUACUGUAAAAGAAGAGGAGGAUGUUACUGUAAAAGAAGAGGAGGAUGUUACUGUAAAAGAAGUGGGGGAUGUUACUGUAAAAGAAGAGGAGGAUGUUACUGUAAAAGAAGAGGAGGAUGUUACUAUAAAAGAAGAGGAGGAUGUUACUAUAAAAGAAGAGGGGGGUGUUACUGUAAAAGGAGAGGAUGAUUCCGUUUUUGGAGUGAAAGAGGAGUGGGAAAUGACUGUUACAUCAAAAGAAGAGGAGGAACCUGGAUAUCUGGGCCCGGUUUCCCAAACGCAUCUUAAGGCAUCCAAUGGUUCUAACGAUGAACCGGCCCUGAUUAACACUAGAGAGAGAAGUGACUAUCUUGGAUCCUCUGGGGAGCCUCAACAACCUCAUGAUGCUGAUGACGCAGAGAAGAGUCUCUCCAGAUCAAAACACCCCAAGAAACACCAGCAGAGACCCACAGGGAAGAGAACUCACUGCUGCUCUGACUGUGGGAAGAGUUUUGUUUCUUCAGGACAUUUAAAAGCACACCAGAGAAUACACACGGGAGAGAAACCUUAUAGCUGUACUCAAUGUGGGAAGAGUUUUACGAUGUCUAGCAAGCUGACUCGACACUAUAGAACACACACAGGAGAGAAACCUUAUAGCUGUGAUGAAUGUGGAAAGAGUUUUGUCACAUCUAGCAGUUUGAUUAUACACCGGAGAGCACACACAGGAGAGAAACCUUUUAUCUGUACUCAAUGUGGGAAGAGUUUUACUCAGUCAACCAGCCUGAUAUCACAUCAGAGAACACACACAGGAGAGAAACCUUAUAGCUGUGCUCAAUGUGGGAAGAGUUUUACUCAUUCAACCGGUCUGAUAUCACACCAGAGAACACACACAGGAGAGAAACCUUAUAGCUGUACUCAGUGUGGGAAGAGUUUUACUCAUUCAACCGGCCUUAUAUCACACCAGAGAACACAUACAGGAGAGAAGCCAUAUGGCUGUGUUCAAUGUGGGAAGAGUUUUACUACUUCUAGCAAGCGGACAGUGCACCAUAGAACACACACAGGAGAGAAGCCUUAUAGCUGUAAUGAAUGUGGGAAGAGUUUUACUACAUCUGGCAGUCUGACUGAACACCAGAAAACACACACAGGAGAGAAACCUUUUAUCUGUACUCAAUGUGGGAAGAGUUUUUCUCAGUCAACCAGCCUGAUAUCACAUCAGAGAAUACACACAGGAGAGAAACCUUAUAGCUGUGCUCAAUGUGGGAAGAGUUAUACUACGUCUAGCAAGCGGACUAAACACCAGAGAACACACACAGGAGAGAAACCUUAUAGCUGUGCUCAAUGUGGGAAGAGUUAUACUACGUCUAGCAAGCGGACUAAACACCAGAAAAAACACACAGGAGACACACAGGUUGUCCUCUAAUUGGUGAGGUAAAAGGUAUCUCCACUUUCCAUGUGUUUUUUUUGUGUGUUAGGUUGUACGUGCUGUUGAAACUAUCCCCCCCCAAUCGAUAUCAGUGAUUUAUUGCGACUUGUCAAAACAUCAGCGUUUCUGGUGCUUGUUUUAUAAAAUACAUUAUUAUUUAUGUAACCAACUGACAAUUUUUGUGGCUACAAUUAUGUUGACAUUGUUUCCCUUCUUAUAGAAUAUCAGGGUUCAUUCUCAGAUGUGCCAACCCACAUGUACUAGAGCAUGACAUUGGGGACUGGGCCCCGAUCCAACAACAUGCCUAUCUAGUGAACCCUGAAAAGAGAGAGAAGCUCCGCAGUGAGUUGGAAAGUUACUACGGAUAUUGCAGGAGUUUCCUCUUGAAAUCAGACAUGUCUGUGGUAAGGACAACUUGGUUGUUGAUUGUCUCAAGGGUGGGCAGUCAAAAAGUGUUGUGUUUUGCGCUUAGCCAGUGAGUUGCCAUGGAUCACAAUUUAUUUUGACUGCUCGUUUUUCCGUAUUGAAGAUGAUUUUUGUUUGGGCUCGUUCCAGGGGGACGAGAGUUCGAGAAGUUUUUAAUUGUUGACAGCCAGUAGACACCAUGUUUAUAUUGGUGAAGGUGAAGCAUUGUAGUUGAUUAUAAUGUGUAAUUGAAGUUGUUUUAUGUUGGUGGUAAGCAUUCUCUUAAGGGGGAAGGUGUUCGUCUUCAGUUUUUCAAUUUAUGUUUUGAGGUUGGACUUUCGCCGUAUAGCUCGUUAGCACGUAGGUCGCACCGAUUGGUGUCACCUCGUUAGUCAGUAUGUGUUACACCUGAGCUGGCUUGUCCA